AUGGUAGAGGGAGGUGUACCUCUCCUACCAGCGGAUAUUGCAGCAGCCAUAGAAGAUGGUAGGAUUGGCCCCUCACCAGUUCCAGCAGCCAGAGGAGGUUUAGCGCUCGCCGAGCCGAUCUGGGAUGGAGAUAUGGUGAUAUCCACCGACGACUCGGAGGAGGAGGACCCUAGCAAGCGUGAGCUCGUUAGUGACCACAACAACGACAACAACGCCAAUAGGAUCUUCGAUCCCACUUCUACCCCGACACCAGCUGGGACCCUCUCACCAGUUGAGUCAGCUGCUGACAACGCCGCCGACAGAAGUACUUUGAAGAAUAUGAAGCAGCAUAGAGAGGAGGACGCCUUGAGAGGUCACGCAGUCAAAAACCAAAAGGCCAUGUGGGACAAGACCUUGGAAAUGAGGUUCUUUUUGCAGAAGGCAUUUUCCACUUCAAACAAGUUGCCGCAGGAACCCAUCAAGACAAGGUUCUGCAAUCACGAUACGGAGAUAGAGCAAGCCUAUGACGAUCUGUUGAAUUCGUCGAAGCAGACUCUGGGUAGCAUUAGGGAGCUGCAGGAGGCUUUGCUGGAGAGUAAUCAGGCUGCAAAGGAAAUGCCAUCUGCCUCAAAUGGAGAGAAUGACGAGUGGUCAGAAGUACAGAGAUUGCAGACAAGGAUAACCACGUUCAGAAAUACUGAGGUAGAUAAAUGGCAGAGGAAAAUACAGGUGACAACAGGUGCUGCUGCACUGAAAGGAAAGCUACACGCAUUUAAUCAGAACAUAAGUGACCAAGUUGCUUGUUAUAUGAGAGAUCCAAGCCGGAUGAUUAACAGGAUGUACUUGACGAAAUCCGCUGUUGGUGUAUUUGGGGAGGAUGCGCGAGAACCUGAAACUGUUGAGGAGGUUUGA